AUGAGAGAAGCAUUGGUGACUUUGUCGGAACAAGAAGGAGCCAACGAACCAUCCUCUCUUGUUUUCUUUUUAAGUUUUAUAAUAUGGAUCAGGUGUAAAAGAGACUACCACUUGGUUGCGUGUUUCGUGGACUCAGAGCCGUUGGAUCAAAUGACCAACUCAUCACUCGACAUUGUGAUCGUUUUCGUUUUGUACUUGACUUACAAGUCGACAAUGUUUUGUGAUCUCUUGGUUAAAUGGUAAGAUAUAAUGAUUAGAUCGAAAUCUGUCGCAAAUACUAUAUUUUAACUAGUCCAAGAGAAACAUUAUAUUUUAUUUUAUUCGAUUAUUGCGAUCAUUUUCUUGAACAUAAAAGAUCUCGAUGCUUGACCCAAAAAAUGAAAAAAAGGUGUCGAUAUUUUAGUAGUCUCUAUUAGUUGAAUAAUUAAACCGAUUUUUAAGUAUUCUAAAGUUCAACCCUGGUGUAUA